AUGUCGGAAUCAGAGAGGCAGUCGAAAAGACAACGAGUCAGUCAAGCCUGUGAUUAUUGCCGGAAGCGGAAGUCCAAGUGUGAUGGCGCGCAGCCGAUCUGCUCGGUCUGCCGCCUGUUCAAGAAGUCAUGUACAUACGGAAAUUCCAAGAAGCGUGGGCUGCAGUCGGGCUACGUCAGAGGACUAGAAAGCCUCCUGGGGUUGUUUAUCGAGCAUGUUCCGGGGAGUGAGAUGACCAUCCGGACUCUGCUCCGCAGCGACUACGCGGACGCCAGUUUUGUUGGCGGUGAAUUCCUGGACCGCACGACGGAACGAUGGCGCGGAUCGGAGCUGGCAAAGGAGUUGGAGCAGUUGUUAUCAUCCGAUGAUGAUGACUCUGGUCCAAGUGUAUCCCAGGGGAACAAGCUCCCACCCCUCGAGGGAGAACAGGUGCACAUCCAACAGGAGCCAGCCAUUCGCUCUAGCAAUUCCGGCGAGUUACAAGCCAGCAUUGCUCCUCUAUCGUCCAACUUCCCAGAUACGACUUCCUCUCUGGUCGACUUUUAUUUUCAGACAACCCAUUGUUGGUUUCCUGUGGUUGAACGGCGUGACAUCCUGCAGACGUUACAUGACGAUGGGGAUGACACUCCUGAUGUCUGCAGGGAAGGUAAUCAACUUUGCUUGUGGUCAAUUAUUGUGUAUACGUCAAGGGCUCUGGAAAGUGAUUCAUCCGGUGCAAGUGCGCCCGGUCCGGACCGAAUCCACGCUCAUAUUUGCUCCCGUCUAAUGUCCGAUAAUCCGAAAAUAGACCUCGGACACGUCCAAGCGGUUCUUAUUUUGGCUCUUUAUGAAAUUGGCCGAGGUGCGUUCAAGCCUGCUUGGGUCUUGGCGAGUCAAGCAUAUCGAAUGCGCAUGAUAGUGGAUAGUCAUGGGGUGCAGACCCCGGGACGGACUCAGCACGUUGCUCGAGGAUGCUUAUAUCUAGAUACCAUCAUUUCUGCGCUUCUCGAUCAAACACCCUUGUUUCCUUAUUGUAAUUACGGGAAGCUCGCUGAGCUAGAUGAGAAUGGCCUCGAGGAGUGGGAAUCAUGGGCCUCCCCGUCCCAGAGUGCAACGGUCUCAGCUCGACGGCCGUUGCGAGUCCUCAGUACAUUCAAUCAGAUCACGCAGUUGAUGCAGAAGCUCAGCAAGGUACUGGAUGAUUCCGAUAGAGCCUCUUCUCCAGAUGAUACGGUUCGUGAUCUGCAGGAAUGGCGUUCAAAUCUCAAGAAAAAACAUCAUAUCAAUAACAGUGCACUCACUCCGCCAAUGUUAACUCUUUAUCUUACGUGGGACUUUGUCCUGUUAACUUCGUUUCGCCGAGCUCACGCAAUUGAGCGCCGAUGGGUACCAUUGGUGGAAGGAGCUGUUGAUUCAACGCUUUCAAUGUUAGUGCAUUAUCUCGAAACGACCGGGAUUUCAGGGUCUUCUCCUUUGCUCCGCGCUUUUGCAAUGCAGGCAGAGCGUUGCCUACAUAAAAUCCAACCGAUGGUGGAUGGCAACGACCUGUCAUCCCGGGUUCGACUCGGAGACAUACUGCAAAAGAUGGAAAUUUACCAGGGACGUCGAAAGCACACAGGGAUUGAGAACCCAAGACCCUUGGCUCAGUUCGAACAGGGAACCGUGCUUCCUUCGCAGUUGAUAACACAAUCCGGCCCCGAAACGGGCAUACAAAACGAAUCUUCUAUUCAUAACACGAGCCUGUCGCAUCCAACACAUACCGGCCCGCAAGUUCAUGAUAUCGGGGCUAUAUCGUCCUUUCCGCAGAUGGAGUAUCCUCCCAGUGAGAUCAAUGAAUUUGACGAUGUAUUUGACGACAUGUUGACAUUUGUCCAGACUAGAAGACACAGCGAGGAUGCAACUGCAUUCGCGCAGAACUUGGGGUUUCUGUCCAGCGACUUUGACUUCACUACUCUAACUUUCCAAUCCACCAAAACCAAUCCUCCAAAUCCUUUGCCAUGA